GCGAAGCUCCAGCCGUGAAGCAAACAUGUGUACCGGUUAUUCCACUCCUGAUUACUCUCACGCUGGACGAGGACACUUCCGGGAUGUUUACGAGCCUGCGGAGGACUCUUUCCUUUUGAUAGACGCUCUGGAGAUUGAUGCACAACGGCUGCAGCUGAUGAGCCCUUGUGUGUGUUUGGAGGUUGGCAGUGGCUCCGGAGUGGUGUCUGCAUUCCUGGCAUCAGUGGUUGGACCUUCAGCUUUAUACAUCUGCACUGAUGUGAAUCCUGCAGCAGCACAGUGCACAGAAAAGACAGCUUCCUGUAACAAUGUUUCACUGCAGCCUGUCAUCACAGACCUGGUGGACUGUCUUCUUUCUCGACUGAGUGGAAAAGUAGAUGUCCUCCUGUUCAACCCUCCCUAUGUAGUGACGCCAUCAGAAGAGGUCGGCAGCAGAGGUAUAGAGGCUGCCUGGGCUGGUGGGAAGCGGGGACGAGAGGUGACGGACAGAUUUCUGCCCUUGGUACCGCAGUUGCUGUCCCCUAAAGGGUUGUUCUACCUCAUUACCGUUGCUGAGAAUGACCCAGAUGAGAUCAUCAAUUUACUGGGAAAACAUGGCUUAAAGGGAGAGUCGUGUUUGUCUACAAGAGCUGGAAAUGAGAGACUGUCUGUGCUGCGUUUCCACAGGAGCCAAACAUGAAUUGCCACCAAUAAAUCCUGUGAAAGGAUUACCGGCAGCUUGAACUGAAAAAGAAGUGACUGCACAUAUUUUGAGGCUACUUGGAUUCUACCUGGACAAAUGUUCACAGUUGAGAAAAGCUGCACACAUAAUAGAUUUUUGGACUGUAUGCAAGGUGCCUCCAAUGUACACAUGCUGACCUCUCUCUGCGAUACUGAAGCAGAAAUACCACAAAAUGCUCCUCACAUUCACCUGGACAUUUUUACUAAUGAGAAUUAAUGAUACAAACAACAUACUCCAUCCAGACAAGUCCGACCACCGUGCCUUUUUUUUUUUUUUUCUAAUUUAGAAGUUAAUUCCAGUGCAGACAAUAUUCUAUCCUUUUUCUAAGGGUACAAUUGGAAUGUAAUUUUUAUUUCAAGUAUGAUGCUUCUUUACACUAGAGGUUGAAAUGCUACUAUUUCAUCUAUUUUCAGCAUCCCAUGAAGAAAAAAAAAAAAACUCAACUGGAC